AAUGGGGGCGCGGGGAGGUGGUGGCUGGAAGAUGGCAGCUGCUGGAGGCACGGUGGGGCGCCUGGUAACCGCCGUUCCUUCGCGGUUCUCCUGCUCGGCGUGGCUGCUGGCCGCCGCUGCACUGACCGCCGUAUCAGCAGUAGAGGUCAACACACCAGAAGAGAUCUUUGUGGAGAAUGGGACGGACGCAAAGCUCCCCUGCACGUUCACAUCUGUGGAGGUGAUCAGCAGCGCAGCCUCCGUUUCUUGGAGCUUUCAACCAGAGGGAGCUGCAACUCGUAUCUCAUUUUUCUAUUACUUUAAUGGAAAGCCAUACCCUGGAAAGGACAUACCAUUUAAAGACAGGAUCACUUGGGCUGGAGAUCUUAACAAGAAAGAUGCUUCUAUCAGUAUAUCAAAUAUGCAGUUCCGGGACAACGGCACUUACAUUUGUGACGUCAAGAACCCGCCUGACAUUGUUGUCAAGCCAGGAGAAAUCCGAGUUAGAGUUGUGGAGAAAGACAGCCUGCCUGCGUUCCCCAUUGCCAUGGUGGCAGGGAUAGUCAUCGGUACGGUUACAGGUCUCUCACCGCUCAUCUCUAUUGUCGUGUGUCUUGUCAUCAGAAAGAACAACUCUAAAAAACGAUACUCUGGCUGCAGUACAUCUGAGAGCUUGAUGUCACCGGUUAAGCAGGCUCCGCAGAAGUCGCCCUCCGACACAGAGGGUCUGGUAAACAGCGUGCCCGCCAGAUCACACCAGGGCCCAGUCAUAUAUGCGCAGUUAGACCACUCCGGAGGACGGCACAGCGACAAGAUUAACAAGUCAGAGUCUGUGGUCUACGCUGACAUUCGGAAGAACUGAGAUGAUCUCCUAAGCUAUCCAAAGGAAAAGACACCUUCAGACUGGAAUUGCUUGAACAAGAUUUGACCCUGAGAACUCACAUGUGGCCUUUGAUGCCUAGGCUAGGACCAAUGCAUGUGCAUACAGAGGGAAAGAUAUAUAUGUAUUGUGUGUAAAUAGUCUAUUUAAUCGUCCAGAGGUGAGACCAAUGUUGCAUGUUGAAAUGCGGUAAGGAUUUUGCUUAUAAAUUGCCAAUAUUCCUUUUUUUGUAUCAUGUAUGACGAGAGAGGAAGUGAAAACUCGCCACACAACUUCAAAAUGUUUUUAUCUUGAUUAAUAAUGGAAUAACUGGAAGAUGCCUGGAGGCUCUAGAUGGACUUGGAGACUCUAGAUUCACCCGGAGAUUCUAGACUGACUUGGAGAUUCUUUGUUUGUUUGUUUGUUUCUAGGGCUCAAUUUAUUUUGUUGAGUUGAAUAUAAAGGAGAUGCCUUCUUUAUAUUCUCAGAGUUCUUCAUGUGUACAGGGUAUUCAUCUUUCCUUGGUCAGAUUCUCAGUACAAGCUGCCUUCUCAUAUAGACCAGAUGCCCUCACUUGGUCUUGUAAGCCAGACUGUGAGUCCCAGUUACCAGAAUUGUAUGUCUGAGCAGUGUAAGUGAAGGAAAUGUUUUGGCCUACCUGACCUGUGUAAUACAGGCCACAGAACUGCUUGCUUCUCUACUGAGCCCAUCUAUUUAAGUUUAAUUGUUUAAAGCACAGGGAUAGCGUUGAUCUAAGGAAUUUUGUGAAGUGGUAGUGUCCCACAUGAAAACUUAGGAGCGAGUUAAAGAGAUAGGAAGCUAUGGGUAGUUGCCUCAGUCUCCACUCAACCUUUCAAUGAAAUAUUUCCUCCUCUAAGCUCUGUCAUUUCAUAUCAGCAUGAAAAAGGGCUCCAAGAGAUCUAGAAGCUGUAGUACUCCCAAGGCUCUGUUGUACCACUGUCUCUUCCUUAGAGAUGCUUUAUCCAUCCUUAAACACCUGUAGUGGAGGCUGAAUGACCUCUGAAGGAAAUCUGGGGCUCCACUGUGGGUUUUUUGACGUGGGUUCUUUUGUGUAAACUAUAUUUGCACAGAGGAUGCGGAGGGCAGUUUGUUUCCUUCCUCUCUGCAAGUCUACUACUUGAAUAUUAUUUCCUAGCAUCUUAUUUCUGAAUUAAACUCCUCAUAGAUUGUUAAGGAUCUCUGAUCAUUCUCUGCUGAGGAAGAGGAAUUUUCUUCUGCUGACCCAUUGUUAUCCUGAAAUCUGGAAUUCAAACCUAGAAGUGGCAUUCCAGCUGAGGUCUCUCAGAUUAGCACAAAGUAGAAGGAUUUCUGUUUCGUACAUCCUAAUGUGGUCUUGGCUUUUUGUAGCUGCAAUAAGUUUUCAGUUUGGUUUACUGUAACACCUUCUCUCCAAUUCUCACCUGUUUCCUAGUUCAGUCUGUUGCACAGAAUCAGUCACAAAAUGGUUGAGAUUGGAAGGAACCUCUGAAUGUCAUUUAGUCCAAACCCUCCAGCGGGGUCAGUUGGAGCAGGUUGACCAGCGCUUUGUCCAGUUGGUAACAUCUGUCUCCACAGUGUCUGAUCAUUUAGAGUGAUUCAGCAGUGAAUGAAGUGCUUCCCUUGUGCUCAGGUGGAUUUUGUUUUCAAAAAGUUCUAUCCAUUGCCUCUUUUCCUGCCACUGAGCAGUACUGAGAACUAUCUAUACACGCCGAUAAGAUCCUCCCAAGCUUUUGCUUCUUCAGGCUGAACAAUCCCAGCAAGUCUCAGCCUUUCCCCAUGUGAAAGAUGCCCCAAUUCCUUUAUCAUCUUUGUGGCCCUGCACUGCACUUGCUGUGGUAAGUCAGUAUGUCACUCAUACUGGACAACCCAAAAUUGGACUGAGCACUCCAGGUGCGGUCUCACCAGUGCUGAAUAAAGGGGAAGGAUAACCUCCCUUGAUGUGCUGGCAACGCUUUGCUUAAUGCAGCCCAGGAUAGCAUUUGCUGCCUUUGCAGAAGGAGCACACUGCUGGGUCGUGUUCAAUCUGAUGCCCAACACAACUCCCAUGGUGACGUUCCUGUAAAGCUGCUUUUCACCCAGGGAGCCACCAGCAUGUACUGGUGCAUGGGGUUAUUCCUUCCCAGGUGCAGGACUUUGCUCCUCUCGUUCUUGAUCUUCAUGACAUUCCUCUUAGCUCAAGUCUCCAGUUUGUCCAGGGACCUUUGAAUGGCAGCACAACCAUCUCGUGCACCAGCAGCUCUUCCUGCUCUUGUAUUGUCUGCAGUUUUGUCUCUGCUG